AUGCCAUCGCCCAAUAGAAAAAAGACUCCACCAAGGACUGCAACGCCAAACAGGGCCAUUCCGUUACGUCCAGUGGCUUUGAUUGGUCUCCUUUUGGGUGCUACUCAGCUUGCGUUUGUGCACAACAAGGCCAUGAAACCUUUUCAGCAUGAGACUUCCGAAGUGGACAUUCUUCAUGAAAUACCCACCAUUCGAGACUUGUCGGAAACUUCAAAACAAAUAAGGAAUGCUCCUGAGCAUCACAGUGCCAAGACGGAUAGCAGUGCUGAUCGAAAAGCAGAUGACGCAAACAAGCCAAGACCUAUUGCUACAACUGCGAAGCCGACACCUCAACCUUCUGAAGUCAAAGUCAAACCCAUUGUCAUCACCAAUCCGACGACAGAAACGACGACGAAUACGCAACAAAUAGCAACAGCGGCAACAGCAGGUGCCACAAAGGAACCUCUGCCGUAUCCUCCUCAACAUUUGACGGACAUACUCCAGGAAACUACUGGCACCAAAUACCAAAAAGCCAAGAAAUCCAGCAAGCACGAUUACCUCAAAAUGAAGAACCGCAACAAAAAUUAUGUUCCCGGAUACUAUCCAAUCACCAACAGUAACAAUGGUGUACCAGUCAAGUAUCCACCUUUUGUACACGUCGAUCCCUAUCCACCCCACUAUCAACCCCUCCUUUCCGAAUUUUUGGUCCAACAAUAUCCAUUGCAUCCCGGUCAUGACAUGGAUGCCGUCGUCUUGGCGUCCAGUCCCGAUUCGACUUUGGCGGCCUCCAUUCACAAUUUGUACCAUUUGCAAGGAUUCCGACGAUUCAUCUUUGUCGUGGACAAUUCCACCAAGACGUGUCCCCAAGUCUUUGAUUUGUUGCCCCAACAUGGAGGGGAACCAAUCAAACGAACCAUUCGAUUUGGAGAUGGUUACGGCAAGGGAGAUGGAGAAGGUGAUGACAGUAGUAGCGAUGAGGAUGAGGAUAGUAGUGAAGAUACUCCAGAAGAAAUAGAAGCCGAAAAACGAAAAAACAAACCAUUUCUGGAAAUGCCCACGACCUAUGAUCCACGAAAGAAACAUGUCUGUCUAUCCCAUACUGAUUUCUAUACUCCUGAACAAGUGCAAAUACUCAUGGAUCCGAAUGGUCGCUAUAGCAACAUCAUGGAAGGACCGCCCACCAAAGUGAAACGGGGCGGAAAGAUGUAUGCCAAUCCACGAAUGGGCUGGUAUCUUCAACAGUUCACCAAAUUGUUGAUUCCAAGAUUGAUUCCAGACUUGUCAUCACAAUAUUUUACCAUUGAUGGUGAUAUCAUCCCCAAUCGACCAUUUGAUUACCGAAAAUUCAACUACCGAUCCGAAGAGCUUACCUUUGUCAUGCCCCAAGUCUACAAUGACCAGUUUCACUGUCGCAAGUUUGUCGACGAGGUAUUUCCAGAAUUGGUGGGUACACGGUAUCAUCCCAAGGCUACCAAUGUCGUUGGCUGGAUGGUCAUUGAUCGGGAAAUAUCCGAUGCCAUGAUUGAAAACUUGGAUCGAAACAUGACCAAUGUCUUUGGAUAUCAAGAUACCUUCCCUUUUAAUGUAUUGCAAUACGCCAAUGAACUCAUCAAGGAGGACAUGUACUUUUCAGAAUACUUUACCUAUGGUCUAUUCGCCUUGGAUUAUGACAAGCGCAACGAGGAUUACAACCACAAGAUUGUCAUUCAGGAAUUUGAAAUGCCAGCCAGGAAUCAGAACAUUAACAAGUCGUGCUUGAUGAAUCGAAAGCAUUACAUUCAAGUCCAAAAACAUAUCACAUUACCUCCAUGGAUAAUUUGGGAAAUGCACAAGUAUACUCGGUUCAAUUCAUGCCCGGAUGAUGACAUUUUCUUACACUUUUCGACCGUGGGCAUUUGGCACGACUUUCACAAGCCGCCAUGGGGUGGCGGCAAUCAAUUCCUGUUGGCCCUGCGACACGGAAUGGACGAAGUUGGAGUUCGAGUUAUUGGAAAGAACGACCCAGACAAUGGACAACAGCGACUACUGAAUGAGUCUCAAAUCAUGUUGGCCAAUUCCAUUACCUUCAAGGGUGACACCACGCCUCUGGACAACCUCAAGGCGGCUAACAAUUUGGGAUUGGUUCAUCGCGUCGAUGGACCCUACUAUGUUGCUCGCUACUUCAAGGCUCUCAAUUUUACAGACGAGCAAGGUCCUGGUCCAUUGGAUAAGGAAGAUAAUGCCACGCGGAAAAUCAAUCGGCGGUACGCCUGUUCGACCAUCUUUCAAUCUCACUGGAGUAUGGAAGCCAACAUUAAGAUUGGAUUAGACUUGAGAAACCCUGUGGUGAUUCCCAACAUGAUUGACGAAACAAUCUUUUAUCCACCCAAGGAACCACGAGCACCAAUAGAAGGACGCAAGAUUCGCAUCGUGGCAACAAGCCAUAGUGAUAACCAGCGUAAGGGUUUCGACAGUAUGCUUUGGAUGGACGAGAAUUUGGAUUUUGAUCGAUAUGAAAUGAUGUUCAUGGGCGGGUACCCGAAAUGGUUCACGCCGAAACGCCUUCAAAUCGUCACGGCUAACGGUUCUGCAGCUGUGGCUGACUUUUUGCGAUCCGGUGACAUUUACUUUGCACCCUCACGGUUUGAACCAGCAUCCAAUGCAGUAUCGGAAGCGCUUGCUUGUGGACUACCGGUGUUGUAUCAACAAGGUAGUAGCCACGGUGACUUGGUCGGUGAGGCUGGACUGGGUUUCAAAAAUGUGGGCCCAGCUCUGUUGAAGUCUCUCGAUAAAAUGGUCGAAAACUACUCAAAGCACUUUGAUGCAAUUUAUGUGCCUAGAAUGGAGGAAAUCACAGACAAGUACCUUUCGAUUAUGCGAUGGUGCUUUUACAUGAAGCGGUUAAUAUUGUAA